CAGAGAGAUUAGCCUGGUGGUAGGUUCAUUUAACGCUUUGUGAACACAACAAAAGAUAUGAAAAACAUGACAGUUAAUCUUAUAGAGAAUGAGCGUAUUGUAUUGGCUGCAGUUCUUGUUUUUAGCCGUAAAGAAGUUGCUUUAACUAACGUAGUGCUCUUGAAUGUCUCAGUAAACAGCAUGGUUAGUCUAACCCGGAUUACAACAUGUGUUAAGGCUCCUGGACUCUCCUGACUGAUGGGUGUGGACAAAGGCGCUUCUCAUCUGACUGACUGUGCGUCUGCAGGAGAACUUCUCCGACUGCAACCCAGACUUGAAGACAAUCAACAUGGACCCGUCCUACCAGAAGCACUUUGCGGUUGCUGACUAUGUGAUAUUUGCAGUCCUGCUUGCUGCCUCUAUGGGCAUCGGGCUAUACCAUGCUCUUUCAGGCGGACGUCAGCGCACCACCCAGGAGUUCUUGAUGGCAGACAGGAGCAUGAGGUGUCUCCCUGUUUCCCUGUCGCUCAUCGCCUCAUUCCAGUCUGCUGUGGCGAUCAUAGGCGUACCAGCAGAAAUCUACACUCACGGUACUCAGUACUGGUUUAUCGGCUGUGCCUAUAUUCUGGGCCUCCUCAUUCCUGCUCAUGUUUUCAUUCCUGUGUUGUACAGACUGCGGCUUUCCAGCACUUACCAGUAUCUUGAAAUGCGCUUCAGCAAAGCAGUGCGCAUCUGUGGGACUUUGACCUUCAUCUUUCAGACAGUUAUCUAUAUGGGACUUUGUGUGUACACCCCUGCCUUUGCACUAAAUGCAGUUACUGGAUUUGAAUUAUGGGGAGCAGUGCUGGCCACUGGCCUAGUGUGCACAUUGUACACAACAAUGGGUGGUUUGAAGGCUGUCAUCUGGACAGACGUCUUCCAGACUGUUGUGAUGUUUGCAGGGCAGCUGGCUGUCAUCGUGGUGGGAGUGCAGCAGACUGGAGGAGUGUCUGAAGUCUGGAGGAAAGUCCGGGAAGGAAACCGCAUCUCCGCUCUCGACCUUAACCCAGAUCCUACAGAGAGACACACCUUCUGGACUCUGGGAGUUGGGGGAAUCUUUCUCAUGCUGUCUCUGUACGGAGUGAACCAGGCUCAGGUCCAAAGAUAUCUCAGCGCGCGCACAGAGAAAGAGGCUGUCAGGUCUUGCUACAUGGUGUUUCCCUCCCUGCAGUUGGCUCUGGCUCUAAGUUGUGUCAUGGGACUGGUCAUGUUUGCACGUUACUGUGGAGAGGAUCACUCUGAUAAGCUGGGAACCUCUUCAAAGGAUGCAAUGGUGGUUUACUUUGUGAUGGACAUGCUGCAAGGUCUGCCUGGACUUCCUGGACUGUUUAUCGCAUGUUUGUUCAGUGCAGCUCUCAGCACCAUCUCUUCUGCUUUCAACUCUUUGGCCACUGUGACAAUGGAAGACCUCAUCAAACCACAUUUCCCCACCAUGACCGAGGCAAGAGCAACCCUGCUGUCCAAAGUCUUAGCUAUGUCAUACGGGCUGCUGUGUCUGGCCAUGGCCUAUCUCACUCACCUCAUGGGGGAUUCAGUUCUACAGGUGGCUUUGAAGAUCUUUGGGAUGGUUGGUGGUCCUAUUCUUGGUCUGUUUUGUCUCGGGAUGUUUUUCCCGUGGGCCAACUCCACUGGAGCGUUGGCAGGUCUGGGGGCCGGUCUGGCUUUGGCUUUCUGGGUUGGCAUCGGAAGCAUCGUCACUCGUAGCUCCAGCACAAGGCCGUUGCCGCCCUGCAGAGCCGUCCUGCUGUCAGACAACAUGACUACUGCCAUUCACGCUGCACUCCUUAAUGUCACUCUGAGCCGACCCUCUGGACUGAAGAGAUUUUAUUCAUUGUCCUACAUGUGGUACAGUGCAUUCAACUGCUUCACAGUCAUUCUAAUAGGCCUGAUCAUCAGCUUCCUCACAGGCCCUAUGAAAGAAGAAGAUGUAACACCAGGCACAGUCUAUCCCUUGUUAGGGAAACUGCUUUGCUUUCUACCUGAACACCUCAAAAAGAAGCUCUGCUGCGUGACUCCUCUGGGACACACGCUCUCAGCACAACAAAGGCCUUCACAAAACAAAGAAAGCAAUGGGCUGGCCUUCCCACGAGAGGACAGGACAUCACAGGAAGAGACGGACACAUUGUUUCCUGAGGCUCACACACCUCUUGUGGAGCAUGAAACAACUGUGUGAUAUCACAGUUGUUUCAUGUCCGGCUGGAGAACGGUUAAAAAGUCUUUACACUUAGCACUUGGACUCAAACAAUAUGUAUUUUUAUUGCUCUUUUUGUUGGCUUUGCUUUGUGAUGAACAAUGUCAUUUAAAUUUGUACUGUCAAAUGCUGCAACGAGGUCAAAGCUGAAUAAUGUCCAGUCAACACAGGGUUGUUUUAAAGCAAAUGCUUGACUGUGGCUAAGCCUGUUUUAAUUUUACAGAAACAAGUUUAAUGUAUGCAGUAUUUGUCAACUUAAGGUGUAUGAUUAUUCAGUGCGUUACAUGCAGUUUAAAAAAACGGUUAUAUUUGGGUUAAGGUAAUACACCAGUUUCGCAAACGCCAUGUUAACACCUUACCUGACCUUAGAAUCAGAGUUCUCAUAACACAGUAAACAGACCUAGAUAACCCCUUCAGUAACUGGGCUAUUCGUGCAUGUAUACAACUUAACCGGGGUAAGAUCGGGUUACACAUCUGCGCAUGCUCCGUAGGUUACAACGGCCUUUAAAAUGGCGAGUUUUAAAGAAAAUUAGAACAAGGCAGGCCUGCUUAGUUCUUUUGGGGAAUGAUUGUAGAGUUUUACAAAUAAUGUUUUUUGGCAUUUACACUCUAACUGGGACAUGUUGGCCUACGAUUGGCGGGAUUGCUGUGGACAAACGUUAGUUAGCUAACUUAGCUUGCUAAUUCCACCCAACACUGGUUACAGAAAAUGAGCUGAACAAAGGUGUCAGGCCAGAGCACUGUGCUUCCCUACGCUGUGACAAGUGUGUGAAUGAAACAUUACAUUUUUAAUUUUACUAAUUUAGUGGCCAGUCGGUGUAAUCAAAAAGAGCGCCACCUACUGUACCGGAGGUAGAGUUACUCCUGUCAUUCUUCCCAGCUCAUGUAUACGGGGAGAACUGGCACAGCCCCGUUUUUCACUUAACAGAGGUAAGACCGUACCCUGGUUACUGCUGUGCAUGUGAACGCACUAAUUGAUUCACAUUCAUUCGGUUCCUUGCGUGUGUGCAUGUAAAAAAAACUGCAGUAUUGGGGCGAUGGUGUGGUUUAAAGCAAAUUGACAUUUAAAAUAUUAAAAGGCUAAAAUAAGGUUAAAACCUAGGUUGAAAAGAGCCCAGGACUCUGCUAAAAGACUGAACAGGUUCUAAAAUCAGUGGUGAGCAGAGUUAAACACAAUCUAAGGUUAAAAGUUCACAGGAAAUUAAUUUCAAAUAAAACAAAUACAAAACCCAGCCCAGAGUCACGGAAACGUAUUAUUUCCUCAGUUCCGACGUCCCUCCGACUUGCCAAUGGCUGCAGCCUUAACUGGAAGGGGAUUAAAAGACUAGGGGGACGUCGCUUCAGUAAUAAAUCGUAGGAAAUGGACUGUAUUUAUAUAGCGCUUUUCUAGUCUCAACGACUACUCAAAGCGCUUUCACAGUACAGGCACCAUUCACACACACAUUAAUACACUGGUGGCCGAGGCUGCCAUACAAGGUGCCACCUGCUCACAUUCACACACCGAAUUGUAUUUUUACAUUUUUAAACUGUAGGCUAUGUCUAAUGUAUUUGAUAUCCUAGUCCUGCUUCCUCUGAGUGGCUUUGUCGCUUGUCAGGCCGCCGUUGGAAAUAAGAACUUGUUCUUAAUGACUUGCCUGUAAAAAUAAAAAUUGGGAACACAUGCCCAUCUACUACUCCUCUCCGUCGUCGUCGUCCACUAUCCCCUCCAACCUCCCUAUAAGCCUUCUUCAGAGCUGCCGUGUCCUCUCUGGCCUCAGAACUCUCCCUCCUCCAUACCCCCACCUCACCCGCGUCCCAGGGAACAGUGAACGUAGCGCACAGCAGAUCAAACUUGUGGUCGAGCCGAGCCCAGGCCUCUGCAAUAGCAGUUAGGGGUGGGGGAAAAAAACGAUUUGCGUAUGUAUCGUAAUUUUUUUUUGUGGUGAUUUUUAAAAUUGAUUCUUUUACCCAGAAUCAAUAUUUAUGUAUUUAUAUAUUUUUUUUUAGCCUUCCUAAAUAUUUUUUGUUUAUCAAUACCACUUUGGCUACUACAUAUGUUUCCAGCAAAACGGAGCGAAAGCAGAAAAUGCAUGUUGUGUGCUUCUUUACAAAUGAAGUCAAUGUCUGAGUGACUGACAGACAUGUGAUGUGCAUUCUUUUUAGAAAACAAUUUAGUUUUUUUUUUUUUUUAGAAAUGUGUCAUGACAUAUUGUCUCUAGAAAUGUAUUAUUCAACUUUUGUUUUUGUUAAAGAAGGAAAAGAUCGCAAUACUCAAUAAUACUAUGUCGAAUCAAUACUUCCAGAAUCGCAAUAAAUUAUAAUCGAAGCGAUGUUAGAAAAUGCCAACUAGAAAUAUUUUAUACCGAUAUUGAUUCUAUACUUGACUAUUGUUUAACACUACUGCAGCUGUAUGAGAUGACCUGUGUGAGAUGAUAGUGCCUCACUUUUAAGAAUGUAUGUUUUGUCUGUAUUGCAGCUGAAAUACUGAAGAAAAAAGUUUUUUUUUUAAAGGAUUUAAAGAUUAUGUACAUCUCC